AUGCCUCGCGGACCUAAGAAGCACCAGAAGCGCCUUAGCGCGCCUUCGCACUGGCUCCUGGACAAGAUGUCCGGAACCUAUGCUCCCAAGGCCUCCCCCGGUCCCCACAAGCUCCGUGACUGCCUGCCCCUGAUUGUCUUCAUCCGCAACCGUCUCAAGUACGCCUUGAACGGCCGCGAGACCAAGGCCAUCAUGAUGCAGCGUCUGAUCAAGGUCGACGGCAAGGUCCGCACCGACCCUACCUACCCUGCUGGCUUCAUGGACGUCAUCGGCAUCGAGAAGACUGGCGAGAACUUCCGCCUGAUCUACGACACCAAGGGUCGCUUCACCGUCCACCGCAUCCAGGCUGAGGAGGCUGAGUACAAGCUCUGCAAGGUUAAGCGUGUUCAGCUUGGCAAGGGCGGGAUCCCAUUCUUGGUUACGCACGAUGCGAGAACCAUCCGCUACCCCGACCCCGCCAUCAAGGUCAACGACACCGUCAAGGUUGACAUCACCACUGGCAAGAUCGCUGACUUCGUCCGCUUCGACACCGGUGUUGUCUGCAUGGUUACCGGUGGUCGUAACAUGGGUCGUGUUGGUGUCGUCACCCACCGUGAGCGCCACGACGGAGGUUUCAACAUCGUCCACAUCAAGGACGCCAUUGACAACACCUUCGCUACCCGCGAGUCCAACGUUUUCGUCAUUGGCCAGGACAAGCCCUGGAUCUCCCUCCCCAAGGGCAAGGGUGUCAAGCUCUCCAUUGCUGAGGAGCGUGACCGCCGCCGUGCCUACGCCAUCGCCAACUAG